AUGAACUCAACUCCCCAGCACCCCAAUUCUUUCGGUGCGAUGAAGCAGCCGCUGAACUGCUGGGAGCAGAUAUACGAUGGAGUCACAACGAAACCCGAUGCGGACAUCGCCGGGAUAGGAGUCAUCAUCGCCUUCACCUUCAGCGCAGGAGUCACACUCAUAUCCGUCAUAGUCGCGUACGCUACCGGCCUGGUCGAUGAUGGCCUACUCCGACCCAUGGACCGACUGGUGUUUCGAGUGCCAUCCAGAGCCGAGAAGCAUCCUACCAUGCACCUGGCACUUCGCAAAUUCAUCCUGGCUUUGAGUGACCAGCAGAUCGUGACCGGUAUAGCAAUUCUCGGAGCUGGAUUCCAAGGACUUCGCACAGGCCAUGUUUCUGUAUAUCACUUCCAGAUCAUCAUUUAUCUGGCCUGGAUGAGCUCGAGUGUUCAUCUCAGUGCUUUGACAAUCUUGGGGACCUAUCUACAGCAUCAUCGAGCUGUGAUGGCUUGGAGACUCGUGGGAAUGUUGACAUUGCUGGUCAUGCUCUUCAUAUCACUCGUUCCAACGCUCAGUGUUGAAUGGGGUAUCCUGACACCUCUGCCUCUCAGCGAAUGGGAACCUUCCGAGAAGACCUCUUUCGGCGCUCCAGCGUUGUGUUUUUGGGGAUCCUCUCGGGGCGAUGGCGUGAGCCCAGAUGCAGUAAUCUCGUUCUUCAUUCUCGGCGUGAGUUACAUCUGGAAGGUGUGUGGCAUAUUCCCCUCCGCGAACUCAGCUUUCGCAGCAUGGACAUGGGAUCCUUUGGAUCGCUUAACGAAGCACGGAUUCGCUACUCUGGCUUCAAGAAUCCAGCGAAAAGGUCGCCGUGUAGAUCUAUGGGUUUUCAGGAUGUGCCUCGCUGUAUACUUGCCCGUCACUGCGGCCAUUGAAGCAUUGGACUCUUUCUCGGCAAGUCUGUGGCUGUCGCUCCUCGGUUUGAUCUAUGGAAUGCUUCAGAUCCUGGUCCCGCGGGCCCUAGUCCAAUCUUACGACUCCAAUUUGAAAGAAAACGAAAAGAUGUUGACCUUUGGACAACUUGUGCCUCUCAUCCUAUUAAUACAACCUAUCGGCGCUCUCACCGAACAUAUCUGGCUCGUGAAAGAGGAUGAUGAACGAGUCUACUCAUCAAAUGAAGAAACUCAGCACAACUUCUCGCGAAACUGUCAUCCAGGCCUCCCCCUACUGCAAUUCCUGACAACCUUUGACGUGCCUCGAGCAAGCGGGGCAAAUAAACGACGUCAACUAAGAUCUCUACUAUACAGCUCGAAGCUCUUCAAUCUGCUCAUUUGGUUGACCCAGGCCGGAACCAUUAGCGCAGCGAUAGUAGUUUUCAUAUCGGAUUACUAUACGAUUGGAUAUACAACCGCUGGAAAUUGGUACUAUAUCAGCUUUGCCAUCGCUGGUUAUUUAGGCGCAAGUGUUGUGUUGGUCAUUAUCCUCGCGCCUUUCAGCUGCCUGGGUCGCUACGAGAGACGCCGUCGGGAGGUCGAGCUGGUCAGCCGAUCAUCUACAACUAUUAUUGAGCAUACGGAAUUGACAAAGUGA